AUGAGAAGAGUAGCUGCAUUGGCACUAGCCCUUGCCCUCAUAUCUGUGCACUUGACAGGCCAAUGCCAUGGUCAGUUGCAAUUUGGGUUCUAUAAGGGCAAGUGUAAGUUUGAUGUUGAGUCUAUCGUACGUGGUGUAGUCCAGGCAAAAUUCAUCAGUGACAAAACAAUUGUCGCUGCCCUUGUUCGCUUGCACUUCCAUGACUGUUUUGUUCAUGGAUGCGAUGCAUCUAUACUGCUAGAUGGAAGCAAAAGCGAGAAAACUGCGCCGCCCAAUCUAAGCGUAAGGGGUUAUGAUAUCAUUGAUGCUGCCAAGGCUGCUGUCGAACUUUUCUGUCCAGGACUCGUCUCUUGUGCUGAUAUUAUAGCAAUGGCUGCCAGAGAUUCUGUUCUCUUUGCUAAAGGAGGAUGGUACAAUGUGCAAACAGGAAGAAGAGAUGGUUUUGUAUCUUCUGCUCAAGAUGUGAAUCUGCCAUCGCCAAGUUUUACUAUUCCUCAAGCAGUUGCAGCAUUUGCUUCGAAAGGACUUGAUCCUACGGAUAUGGUUUAUCUUCUGGGUGGUCACACCGUUGGGGUAGCACAUUGUUCACUCUUCCAAGAUCGUCUUUAUAAUUUCCAAAAUACUGGCAACCCUGACCCGACCAUGGAUACAACAUUACUCAGCAUGCUAAGACAAAGGUGUCCUCAAAAUUCAGAUGGAACCAACUCAACUUUUCUUGAUCAGAACCCUUCCAGUUCUUUUACUGUAGACAACUCUUUCUACCAGCAAAUACUACUGCAUAAAGGGAUUCUCCAAGUUGACCAAGAACUGGCAUUGGACCCCAUAACCCAAUCCACGGUGGCAGCAAUAGCUGAUAGUACGGAUUUUUCCUACAACUUUGGUCAAGCCAUGGUUAAGUUGGGAGCUGUCCAAGUCCUCACUGGAAAUCAAGGGGAGAUCAGGAGAUCUUGUCGAUCAGUUAACAAUCCAUCUAACAGCAAUUAA